AUGGGGAAGAAACUUGACGCUUUGCUUGGUCGGAGUUUCAAAACCAACAAGUUCAAGUCUCUCCUCAACUUAGCUCUCACGAGGCUCUCUAUCCUCAAGAACCAACGUCAAGUUCGAUGCUCCCAAGCCACCUCUGACGUCACCGAGCUUCUCAAACUCGGCCACCACGAGAACGCUUACCACAGAGUCGACCAAGUCAUAAAAGACCAAAACACCCUCGACGUACUCUUCUUCAUCCAUGGCUACUUCACUCUCUUGAUAGACCGUGUCCACCUCUUCGAACACAACCGAGACUGCCCUGAUGAGAUUCUUGAAGCUGUCUCCAGCUUGCUCUUUGCAGCUUCUAGAAUCGGAGAGUUUCCUGAGCUUCAAGAGAUUCGUAACGUUUUGAUUUCACGUUUUGGGAAAGAUCUAGCGGCACGGUCCAUUGAGUUACCGAUAAUUCAGAAGUUAUCGACUAGACAUCCACCGAGAGAAGUUAGAAUGAAAGUCUUGAAGGAGAUAGCUGCUGAGAACGACAUCGUUUUGAAACUAGAAGAAGCUUCUUCUACUUCCACUGAGAGAGCAUCAGAUGUUUCUAAGGAUAAGGUAACAAGUGAAGAUGGAGAAGGUUAUGAGUUAUCUGAUUCGGUUAAGAGAGGAAAAAAGAAGUACAAAGAUGUGGCUGAUGCUGCACAAGCAGCGUUUGAGUCAGCAGCUCAAGCAGCAGAUGCUGCACGAGCGGCUGUGGAGCUUUCUCAGUUUUCUCCUCGUGGUGGGGGAAAUUCAUCAGGACAAGAACAAGAAUGUAAUGAUGAUGAUAUCCAAGAAGGUGAGAUUGUUGUGAGGUCAGAAUCUAAGAGGUCUAUGUCGGAUUCAGAUGAAAUUAUUGAGGAUGUCCCAGUGAUGUCAUUUAGAGAAGAUCCUGUGAAGUUGUUGGAGAAGGAUGUUGUUAUCUACGAUAGUGAGGAAGAAACACAAUAUACUGCUAAGACUAAUACUAUUACUAAUGUUAAAGAUGAGCAACAUGUUAUGGAUGUUACAAAUAGAGCGGAUACAGGACACAUGGACCAUAUGGUUCACUCAGUUGGAGAUCCGGUUAUGCGUAAAGUGGGUUUGAAGGGUCCGAUUUCAGUCAGGACCAGACAGGUUCGGGGAUACUAA